AUGGAAAGAUUGAAUAGUAAUAGUCCCAAGAGACAACUUCAAACCGAAAUAUUCACCAAAUAUGCCACUUAUAAUGUUUAUGACGAGCCAGUAUUGGAUUUCGAUUCAUUUAUAAAGCUAGUAAGUGAUUCGAAUAGUCUCACAGAUAAUUUAACAGACCAUUCGUAUAAUUUAAAUACUAUCCCUAAGGGUACUUUUGGUUGUAUAUUUUUCGCUGUGGAUGAAAAAAAUAAAGGUUAUUUAACUAUUAAUGAUUGGUUCCAUUUUAAUAAUCUUUUGGAAUUAAAUAAUUUCAACUAUAUCAUCUUAUAUGAAUUUUUUAGAAAAUUCGAUCAAUUGAAAUAUCCAACUUCGAAUUUCUUAUUCCCUAAAUCAAUCAAUUAUAAUCAAAACUCUUUAUCAUUCGAUACUUUAUUUCUAACUAAAGAAAAUAUAAUAGAUACUUUAGAUAUCUUACAUGAUGAAAUAUUAAAUCUAUCGUUUUUAAAUCCAAUUGAUAAAUCAAAUUUCGAAAAAAAUUUCAUCUUAAAUUGGAAAGAUUUGGAUUCUAACUUAUUAACUUUUUAUCAGCAAUUUUAUUUUAAUCCAAUUCAAACUAAAACACCUUUACAAAUCCCAAUUAUUUCAUUGAAUUCCAUAUUGACUAUAAUUCAAACAGAAUUGCCAAAUAUAAGAUUGAAAAAAGCUUUUAAAUCAUUAUCAAAUUAUCACCCCAAAAAUAAUAAUUUAAUCAUUUCCAUAGACCAAUUGAAUUACAUUUUGAAAAUUUUUUAUAUUCAUAGAAUCUCUAUUGAAUUUUUCGAUUCACUUAAAAAUAUUAAAAAUUUAAAUAAUUUUUAUAAAAAUUCAAAUAAAGAUUCCAUCGAUUACAAUACCAUCAAGGACUUAUCCUUUUUAAUCCAAAAUUUCGAUUUGAUUAAUCAAAUUUUAAUUAAAUUUAUUAAAAUUAACAAUUUAAAUGAGUACAACAUUAAAAAUAAUCCUUUCACGAAAUUUCAAUUUAUUAAUUUCAUUAAUAAUCAAUAUAACAAAGUCAAUAACAUUACUUUUUUCACUCCAUCACAAAUAGAUUUAUUAUUCAAUAUUGUAGAAAGUUCUAAAAAAGUUAAAAAUUUGAAUAAAUGGGAUCCUGAUAAUGCAAAAAAUCUAGAAUCAUCAUCAUCGUUUAAUGCUUAUAAUAAUCUUCAUCAUCAUCAAAUUCAAUCCAUAGACGAUUAUAUUUCAAAUGAAUUCAUUCAUAAUUCUUUCAAUUCAGAUAAUACUUUAAAACCAACCUCUCCAACUUCUACUACGUUAUCUUCAAGGCCAACAUCUUUAUCAACUACUUUAACUUUACAAGAUUUUAUGAAAAUCUUAAAUCCAAAUUAUUUAAAUGAUUUAAUUCAUCAAUUAGAAUUGAAUAAAAUUCAAUCAAAUUCAAUUUACAUUAAUUAUUAUUUUUAUCCAAUCUUCAAUUCAAUUUACAAUUUUUCUUUGGGUUCAAUUGCUGGUUGUAUUGGUGCCACUUUUGUUUACCCAAUAGAUUUGAUUAAGACACGUUUACAAGCCCAAAGAGAUCUUUCUAAAUAUAAAAAUUCAUUUGAUUGUUUAAUUAAAAUUUUAAAAGUAGAAGGCCCCAAAGGUUUAUAUUCAGGGUUAUCCCCACAAUUGAUUGGAGUGGCUCCAGAAAAGGCUAUUAAAUUAACUGUUAAUGAUAAAAUGAGAUUUAAUUUGAAAAAUUGGAAUAAUGGGAAAUUGACUUUACCAUUAGAGGUCAUUUCAGGUGCUUGUGCUGGUACUUGUCAAGUUAUUUUCACAAAUCCUUUAGAAAUUGUAAAGAUUCGAUUACAAGUAAAAUCUGAAUAUGCAAAUGAAAAUUUAGCAAAAUCGCAAAUUACUGCAAUUCAAAUUGUUAAAAAAUUAGGUUUAUCAGGUUUGUAUAGAGGUGUCACGGCUUGUUUAUUAAGAGAUGUCCCAUUUUCUGCAAUAUAUUUCCCAACUUAUGCACAUUUGAAAAAAAAUUUAUUUAAUUUUAAUAUCAAUCCAGACCCAAUUAUUGAUGACCCUACACUUAUUAAUCAAAAUUCAAAUACUACUAACUCAACCACUAAUAAUAAUAAUUCAAAUCCAUCAAAGUUUAAUAGAUCAAGAUUGAAAACUUGGGAAUUAUUAGUCGCAGGUGGAUUGGCUGGGAUUCCUGCGGCAUUCUUAACCACUCCAAUGGAUGUAAUAAAAACAAGAUUACAAAUGGAUCCGAAAAAGGGUGAGACGAAAUAUAAGGGGGUUUUUGAUGCUGUUCGUACAAUUUUAAGAGAAGAAAGCUAUAAAAGUUUUUUCAAAGGUUCUACUGCUCGUGUUUUAAGAAGCUCACCUCAAUUCGGUGUUACUCUGGCGGCUUACGAAUUAUUUAAACAAUUCUUUCCUCUAAAAAAUGAUGAAGAAACAAAUAAAAUCUCUAAUAAGAAGCAAGAUUUUCCUAAAGUAGUAGACUCUUUUACAGAAUUUUCUAAAAAUUAUGCGAAGUCGUCUUCAAGUAAUAAUACAUCAACAGAAUUUAAUUUCUUUGCCCCGAAUGUAGAUCCAUAUGGAAAUAAUUAUAUUAAUUAUUAUUAUAAAUGUUGCCAGGCAGCAAAGAUUUUUAUCGAUUUAGAUACAAUGUUUGGAAGAUUUGAUAAAAAUGUGUACAAUAGAUUUCAAAAAGAGAUUAAUUCAAUCUCUCAAGAAACAUCAAAGGAUUGA